AUGGCUCUGUACUGGCUUAAGGAGCUUCUUGUCUUCCACCUGCUGGCAUGGUCCACGGACCCCUAUCCCCCUACUGCUAGCUCAUGUGUUUCAUGGGCUCAUGACCUGGCUCAACUGGCUCAUUGUCUCAACCGGUUCACAGUUCUUCAUGGGAGUUACGAUACUUUGACAUAUAACCAAGCCCAACCAACCCCAUUGGAAAGACGCGACUGGAAUGCUCUGGUCCAGAGUGUCGUGGCUGCAGAAGGCGACUGCCGUGGUGUCGAAAUUCCCGCUUCAUUACGAGCGUUUUAUGGAAUCGAGACGUUCUAUGAUGAUGGAACGCGAUAUUGCCUGCUAGCGGAACAUUCGACCAUGUCGCAACACGCCACGAGGGGCUGGGGAAGCCUUAUCGUACGACCCACAAGCUCCCGAACAAUCCACCUAUCAGCUCCACAUCCUGUCUACGAUACGGGGUCAGUGGAACAAGCAGCUGGUCUGUUCAAGCUUUCCGGAGCAAAAAGCUUACUGCUAUCUGGACGCGCACGGUCCGCCUUCCUUCAGCCUUCGAAUUGUACUUCACCGUCGACUGGGGGACGUUAUUAUUAUCAAACUGACCCAACACACUCGAAGGACGAGCCUUUUGUAGAAGCUAGUAUUGCGAUUCAUUCCUGGCAGACUAGCCACGGUGGCUGCCCCAAUGAUUCGUGCGCGUUUAUCCAGAUUCACGCCAAGUCCCAAUGGACCUGCGUGGAAGACCAAAUCUUCCUCUCGUCAGGCCUAGGCAGAAGCAACGCCUCGAUCGAUUGGUACACCGAUUCAACUGACCGUCCAAUCAAACGACUUCAGCAUGAGCUCAGGAAGUCGUUCCCCUCAUGGAACAUUUCGCUUCCUCACGAGAGCAAUUGCGCUCUUAUCGCGAGCAAGAAUGUGUUCGGGCGGUACAUCAAUGGUGUGGAUCGGUCGGACCUUUGUACCACGCCUUCGAAGGUGAAGGAUGUGACGGGAGAGUUUGUGCACGUCGAACAAGCUUUGGAGGCUAGGGCUGACGAGAACAUCGAAGCGUGGGCCAGGGCGCUGAGGGCUGCUUUUCCACCGCCUUCUUCGAGGUUUGGGGAAUCGGAGGCUUCGCGUUCGUGGCUUGGUGCCAUAGCCCGGACAUUGUGGGAGUUACUUUGA